ACAAGGGAUUGAUAGAUGAGAAGGCCCUUCCAGCAACCAGUCUCUCCUGGCUUUGCUUCCAAGUGCCGGGACUCUUCUGCAUCUCUGCUCCUUGGAUGGUGGGAGGGCUCCUUCCCCCUCUUCCAAGGCCGGUCCUCCCAUCCGCCCAGCUGGGCUUAUAAUCUCUCUGCGGCUCGGCUGCAGUUGAUCCAUCAGUCCUUGAAGAGCAGGAGACAGCAGAAGAUGCCCCUCCGCUUCUCCAAGCUGGUCCGAGGACUGGGUUGCUCCCUGCACAGGGUUCGAGGCCUCUCCUCCUUUGGGGUGGCUCACCCACAACAAGCCCUGCCAGCAUGGCCUCCAAGGAGAAGGUUCAGCUCCACUUGCAGGCUUCAAGAUGUCCCCAGAGACACAAGCUCCUCUCUUCCUUCACCGCCGACUUCUCCGGAGAAGGUCCUGCUCCAUUUUAUCAACCGAAACGGAGAGAAGUUCUCCGUCACCGCAAAGGAAGGGCAGAGCUUGCUGGAGGUGGUGGUCAACCAGAACCUCAGCAUCGACGGCUUUGGUGCGUGCGAAGGGACCCUCGCGUGCUCCACUUGCCACCUCAUCUUCGAGGAAGAGGCUUUCCGAAAACUGGGCGCCGUCAGCGACGAAGAGCUGGACAUGCUGGACCUGGCCUUUGGGCUGACAGACACGUCCCGCCUGGGUUGCCAGGUCCACGUCAAGAAGUGGAUGGACGGCUUGACCCUCCAUGUGCCCAGGGAAGUCUCCGACAUCCGGAAAGAGCUGGAAGUGGAGAAGCAAAGCAAGCAAUGACCGGGACUGGCUUCCGUAUAAUACUGUUCUGUCAACACUAACGUUACUGUGAAGUCUUUUUCUCUCUUUCUGAUUGUUUUCAAAUCCCAUCGUUGUUGUUGUUGUGACUCCCGCCUCGAUUUGACAUCUGCCCCGUUUUCUGAAACGCGGGAGGAAUUCUUCGGAAAGGUGACACUCACCUCGUGCAUUGCACUUCGACAUUCCUUACUUCUGCUUCUCUGAAACAGUUAUUUUCAGGCUAGAAAUAAAAUUGAUUGCUAGAAACCUAUUGAGAAAGUA